UCUCCAGUCCAGUCCAGCGUCCUCGCCGCCGUCCGCCGUCACCGCCACCGCCGCCGCCCUGCCACGGCUGAGAUUCCCCUCCUUACGGCUCCCCUCUUGCACCCCGCGCAGUAUCCUCGCGCCGAGUACCACCAGACAGGUUCGCUGGAGGCAGCUAAUGGCGACGCCGGCGAGCUUCCACCACCUCGCCUCCUCCUCCUCCUCGCCGCCGCCGCCGGCGAUACCCGGCGCGGCGGCGGUGGCCGCGUCCGCCGCCAUGGCGGUAUCCUACGUCGCGGUACUCUACGCCCCCACGGUCGUCCUCCGCCUCCCGCCCCCGACCUCGCUCCGCGCCUUCCUCCACCGCCGCUUCGCCUGCGCCGCCGUCUCCUCCGCGGCCUCCGUCCUCGCCACCGCCUCCCUCCUCCGCGUGUGGAGCAUGGGAGAUUCGGCUGACGCGCUCGCCGUGUUUGGCUUUCGGAGCGAUCACCUGCUUCAAGCCGUGGCGAUUCCCCUUCUCCUUACAUCGCUAGUGUACGCCGGUUCGUUCGUCGCGGGACUCUGGCUACUGGCAAGCUCGUCUGGCAGAGAUGACGGUGAGUUGGAGGUCGGAUUUGCGCAGAGGCUUGCUCACUGGAUCCGUGUGGCUGUAGGAGAUGUGAUGGUUUGGCGCAAUUGCGUAGUGGCACCAAUUACAGAGGAAUUGGUUUUCCGGGCUUGCAUGGUACCUCUUCUUCUAUGUGGAGGAUUCAAAAUAUAUAACAUUAUAUUUCUGAGUCCAGUUUUCUUCAGCCUAGCACACCUGAACCAUUUGUUCGAACUACACCAACAGGGACGCAAUUUUAUGAGAUCACUCCUGAUUGUAGGUAUCCAGUUAGGCUACACUGUGAUAUUUGGGUGGUAUGCAGUGUUUUUGUUCAUCCGAACAGGGCAUAUCGUCUCUCCAAUUGUUGCUCACAUAUUUUGUAACAUCAUGGGUUUGCCAGUUUUCUCAUCGCCGCGGACAAAAGGAGUGGCAUCAGUAGCAUUUCUGGCUGGUUCAUUGUCCUUUUUCUGUCUCCUUUUCCCCGCAACAAUCCCUAAAUUGUACAACGCUAGGUUAGAUCAGUGCAGUUGUUGGCAUGGAUAUUGCAGAUGGAGCUAAUACAGUACUAGAUUGGAGGCAACAGCUGAAAGGCUUCCUGAUGCUGUCAUGAAGUAACUGGCAAGGCUAACCCUAAUUGAUGGUAGUGGCCUUCCCUCAGUUUUCUUUUUCUGGUUUUAGCUGAUACCAAUCUCGGUCUUCCUUGGUCAUUUGAAAUUUAUAGCGAGAUUGUAAAACUAUGAUGUGGAUUCCUUGCCCUUCUCAUGGGUCAUACUUGCAAAAUUUACAUUUCAUCACAUGUAACAUGCAGUGUAGAUUA